AUGGCCGCCGAUGUAGUAUGCGGGGAAUCGAUGGAUCAGUACCGGGCCGAGUUGGAGCGGCUCACCCAGGAACUGGCCGAGGCGAACCGGGAGAAGAUCAGGGCUGCGGAGUGCGGGCUGGUUGUCCUGGAGGAGAACCAGGCUCUGAAGCAGCGCUAUGCAGACCUGGAGAUCGACCAAGAGACUCUCAGGAAAGAGUUGGAACAAUUGCAGGAGGCGUUCAGCCAAGCUUACAGCAACCAGCGUAAGGUGGCAGAGGAUGGGGAGACCAAUGAGGAGACGUUGCUGCAGGAGUCGGCCUCCAAGGAGGCCUACUACAUGGGGCGUAUUUUGGUGCUGCAGACGGAGAUGACCCUGAGUCGUUCUGUGGCGUCCAACGCCCAGUCCGAGAACGAGAGGCUCAACGCACUCACGCAGGAGCUACGAGAGAGUAAUGAGAUGCUGGAGCUACAGAGGACCCGGAUGAGGGAAGAGGUCAAGGAGUACAAGUUCAGAGAGACCAGACUGCUUCAGGAUUACACCGAGCUGGAAGAGGAGAACAUCACGCUUCAGAAACUGGUGUCUACGCUCAAGCAGAGCCAGGUGGAGUAUGAGGGACUGAAACAUGAAAUCAAGGUACUGGAGGAGGAGACUGUUCUGCUCAACAGUCAGCUGGAAGACGCAUUACGCUUGAAGGACAUUUCUGAGGGUCAGUUGGAGGAGGCCUUGGAUGCCCUCAAGAGUGAGCGUGAGCAGAAGAACAAUCUGAGAAAGGAGCUGGCCCACCACCUCAGCCUGAGUGACAGUGUCUACGGAGCAGGGGCCCAUCUGGCUCUCACUGUCACUGGCGUUGAGGGCCUCAAGUUCCCAGAGGAGACCAACGGGACCAACUGCACCAACGGCAGCGCCAUCCCUGCUGCUAACGGCAACAAUGAGGACAGCAAUCGCCGCAACGGCCACGUUCACACAGGCACCGGAUCGGUUAAGAUGAACGGGGACUACCGACCAGGCCGGAAAGGAGAAGGCCUGCACCCCGUGCCAGACCUGUUCAGUGAGCUCAACCUGUCGGAGAUGCAGAAGCUCAAACAGCAGCUGCUGCAGGUGGAGCGCGAGAAAUCUGCACUGCUCAUGAACCUGCAGGAGUCACAAACCCAGCUGCAGCACACACAGGGCGCCCUGACCGAGCAGAAUGAGCGGGUCCAUCGGCUCACGGAGCACGCCAACAGCAUGAAAUGUCUCAAUGGAGACAAAGAGCUCGAUGACCCACAGGAGAGUGAGAAACCUGACGGUGGCUCCUUCUCACCACCAGCCAAUGGUCACCAUGAUCCAGACAUCCAUGGCUUCGAAAUCCUGGAGUGCAAGUACAAGGUGGCGGUGACGGAGGUGAUCGACCUGAAAGCAGAGCUCAAGGCCCUGAAGGAGAAGUACAACCUGGCUGUGGAGGGGCAGGGGGACGGCCACGGGGACGACAGGGUCCAGGCAGUAAGUGAACAGCAGUUGACUCAUUUGGAGCAUAGUUACCGUGAGAGCAGGGAGAGGGUGGCGAGCCUGGAGGCAGAGCUGCGAGCAGCCGCGAGCACAGCCACAGAGAGCCAGGGCAUGCUGAAUACGGCACAGGAUGAGCUGGUGACCUUUAGCGAGGAGCUGGCACAGCUGUACCACCACGUCUGUCUGUGCAACAACGAGACACCCAACCGCGUCAUGCUGGACUACUACCGCCAGAGCCGCGUCACACGCAGUGGGAGCCUGAAGGGCUGCGACGACCAUCGGGCCCUGCUCUCGCCUCGCCUGGCCCGACGCCUCGCUGCAGCAUCCGCAGCCUGCUCCCCCGAUCCCCCGCGCAGUCCCAUGGACUCCCCGUCCAGAGACGCCCAUCACAAUGAGACAAAACCCAACACAGUGGACUCCUGUCACAGCAGCCCAACCCGCAACCCCUUGGGCUCCCCAGUCAUCAGCGUAUCUCCUUGCCCAUCUCCAGUGCCCUCAGAGGCCGGCGGGGACCUGCGGAAGGAGCCCAUGAACAUCUACAACCUGAACGCCAUCAUCAGAGACCAGAUCAAACACCUCCAGAGGGCGGUGGACCGCUCGCUGCAGCUGUCCAGGCAGAGGGCCGCGGCCAGGGAGCUGGCGCCAAUGCUUGACAAAGACAAGGAGCUGUGCAUGGAGGAGAUCCUCAAACUGAAGUCCCUGCUCAGUACCAAGAGAGAGCAGAUAGCAACACUCAGGCUAGUGCUGAAGGCCAAUAAACAGACAGCAGAGGGUGCACUGGCAAAUUUGAAGAGCAAGUACGAGAAUGAAAAGACGAUGGUGACAGAGACCAUGAUGAAGCUGAGGAACGAGCUGAAGGCUCUGAAAGAAGAUGCCGCCACCUUCUCGUCUCUCAGGGCCAUGUUUGCCACAAGAUGUGAUGAGUAUGUUACUCAGCUGGAUGAUAUGCAGAGGCAGCUGGCGGCAGCAGAGGACGAGAAAAAGACGUUGAACUCCCUCCUCCGUAUGGCCAUCCAGCAGAAACUGGCCCUGACCCAACGGCUGGAGGACCUGGAGUUUGACCACGAGCAGAUUCACCGUGGCCGCGGAGCUAAAGUGCCCAGGAUUAAAAGCAGCCCGCCCAAAAUUGUCAGCAGCCUGCUGCCUCAGUACCGUCACUCUCCCCACAACUAA